UAUGCAUAUUGUCUAAAGUUAUAUAAGCCGACUCAAAUGCAAAUUACAACGAUGCAGUAUUGCAUGCCACGCACACGGUUAUACCAUUUGUACUUAUAGUCUUAAGUUUCGAUCACGCUUUUCUGACAGUAUUUCAGCUUGAUAGUUGAUUCUGUGCUCUACCAAGUACCAAUCUAAAUCGGAUCUAAAUCGGAUCUAAAUCGGAUCUUACAUCAGCAAUUGUUGACAGAAUAUUAUACUGUAAUUAAAAACCAACCGUUUCAUAAAGCAUAAUUUGAAAAUGUCUACCAAAGUCGUGUUGCAAACAUUCGUCAUAUUGACGCUGUUUUAUAUUUCGUCUGGGGCAGAGCAAUGCUUGCCUGGGACCUAUCACAAGAAGAUAUCGUCUCCAGCAACUGAAGAUUAUCCUGAGUGCAAAGCAUGGAGCAAUGAUACAUGUUGUACCGCGAAUUUUACUCAGACGUUACACAAGACGCAAACCAGAGAGCUGUAUAAUGGCUUUCAUUGGGGACAUUGUAAAAACAUUAGCAAGCCAUGCGAGAAAUUUCUUUUUGAAGAAGAAUGUUUCUAUUCUUGUGAACCUCGUCUGUACAGAUGGCAUACCGGUAAUGCUACAAUAAAAAACGUCCCUAUAUGUGGAGACUACUGCGAUUCUUGGUAUGAAGCGUGUAAAGAUGACGAAACAUGCAUAAAAAAUUGGUUAAUUGGCUUCGAUACUCCGGAUAACACGUGUCCAAAAGACGCUAAAUGUCAAACAUUUAAGGAGAUGUACGGCAGUGGCAAAGAGGUAUGCAAUAAGAUGUGGGGAACAUCAUUCCGUUAUGUUGACCCAAAGUGCCCAUGUAGUAGAAUGGAUCAACCUAUUCCAAGCAACGUUGAUGAAACAUCCACUUGCUCAGGUGGUGAAAAAAUGAUGGCCUCGUUCUAUGGCUUUUAUCUCAUUUUCAUGGCUAUUAAGUUGUCUUAG